AUGGUUACAAAGUAUGAAUUACUUGAAGAAGCCAAUGUAAAACUACUAAGCAAUUUGGGAGAGGAAGUAGAAAUGAAGACCUUUAAAACGAAUGUUCCCCCGACGUCAGAGUGUGACAAAGAUCAAGUGCUGAUCAUCAAAAUUCUUUGCCUCGGAGACUAUACCGGGGGAGUGGGUAGAAAAGGGGUGCUUAUCAAAGAUUAUCUGCAAGUCACACCACCGGUACCGACCAAACAGCCUCCAGUACUCGGUUGCGACUUUUACUUAAAAACAGUAAAAUGGAAAAAAGGAGAAGAUCACGAUCCAAUUACCAUCACACUACAAUUUUGGGAAACGGGGGAACAAGAGCGCCUCUCACGCAUGACAAAUGUUUAUUAUAGGAACAGUCACGGGGCUUUAGUAUUCUGGGGUCCCGGCAAUUCAUCCUCUCUGGAUGGAGCUCCGAAAUGGUUGAACGACGUGAACAGAGUUUGUCCAUCAAUCUCGUGCGUUCUUGUCACGGUAAACCUUUCGAAGAAACCUCUGUAUGGUCCUGGCGAGAAAUUCGAGAGUGAGAUGGCAUUUGAUCAGUUCUGGAAAGAUCACGGCUUUGUCGGUCAUUUUGAGAUUAAGGCCCGUGACUGGAAAUCUGGUGAAAAAAGCGUAUUCGGACAAGCUGUCAACUGUCUUAUUGAGAAGAUUUUAUGA